AUGUCCACUCUCUCUACCUCUGUCCCUCUAUCUCUCCUCUCUCUCUCCCUCCCUCCUAGAUCCCUCUCUCUCCCUCCAUCUAUUUUCCCUUUCUCUCCCUCCCUCUAUUUUCACCCUCUCUCUCGACCUUCUUGUAUUCUCCCCCUCUCUCCCCUUCCCUCUUUCUCUCUUUCUGCUUCUCUUUUACUCUCUAUAUUCCUCUCUCUUUCUGUUUCCCUUUCGGACAAUCCAUGUCCUACUUCUCUGUCCACUCUAUCUACUUCUCUCCCUCUAUCUCUCUUCUCUCUCUCUCUCCCUCUAAACCUUCUUUUCUUCUCCCCCUCUCUUUCCCUCCCUCUUUCUCUCUUUCUGCUUCUCUUUUACUCUAUAUUCCUCUCUCUUUCUGUUUCUCUUUCGGACAAUCCAUGUCCUCUCUUUCUAUGUCCACCUCUCUCCCUUUAUCUCUCCUCUUUCUCUCGACCCUCUAAGUUCUCUCUCUCUCCCUCCAUCUAUGUUCCCUUUCUCUCCCUUUCUCUAAUUCCCCUCCUCUCUCUCUCGACCUUUUUAUUACCCCACUUCCUUCCCUCUCAUUUCGUCGUUAUACGUCUCUCUCUCUUUCUCUCUCUCUCUCUAUCUAUCUAUCUAUCUAUCUAUCUAUCUCUCCCUGUGCCCCUCUUCUACUUAGGUGUUUUUUUUUCUAUCUCCCUCUUAAAUGACUUUUCCCUUAUUUGCUGUUCGUUCCUCUCUUUUCCACUUUUCUUUUCUUCUUUCUUCCUAUUCUUUUUUUACUAUAUUUUCUAA